ACUAGGAACAGAACCAGAACCGCUCUGUUCCAAACCCAACUGUUCAGACCGGUCCAGUUUGGUUCUGUUCUGAUGAAUCAGAACCAAACUGGAUCCAGAACCGAUUCUAAUUGGUCCUCAGAGUAAUGACCUCAUUGCGGUCAGAACCAAUGAUCUGCAUUAUUGGUUCCACUUAAGGAACUGGACCUGGUUCUGCUGCAGCAGACGCUGAGCCGGGAUCAGAGACCUGGUCUGGGUUCAGGUUCUGACCCGGUAACAGCAAGCUGCAGCAAAGCAUCUCCAUGGUAACGUGUGUCUCUGCAGAUGGGGCUUCACAGUGAUGUCAGACAAGCACCAGCUGUUCCUGUGCUGCAGCAGUGAGGCCGAGCUGUGGGACUGGGUCACCAGCUUCCUCCGGGCUCAGAACGAUGAUCCGGGCCCGCCGGUUCUGCGGCGCCACUCCUCCUCCGACAUCUCCAAGCAGAAGUUUGGCACCAUGCCGCUGGUUCCGAUCCGAGGAGACGAGAGCAACAGUGGCAUGCUGUCAGCCAAUCAGACUCUGAGGAAGCUUCAUGACCGAAGGACCCUGUCCAUGUACUUUCCCAUGAAGAUCCAGCAGGACUCGUUCGAGGAGCGGGCCGAGUCUCCGGACCCUCCGGAACCGCUCUACGAGGAGGUGGGGGACUUUGGCCUGCAGGUGCUGAAGUCUCUGGAGACCAGCUUCCGGUCCAGCCGCGCCGCAGAGACCCAGGAGGUUCCGGACCGGCAGACCCGACUGGUUCUGUCAGAGAGCGGACAUCUGGACCACGUAGCCGCCCCCCGGGCCGUCCGUUCCGUCGGCGGCUCCCUGGAGACGCUGGAGCAGAGCGGCAGUAGCAGCGGGGCAGGCUGCAGUUCCCCCGACCCGCCAGCAGAGGCCAGCGCAGGCUGCAGUUCCCCCGACCCGCCAGCAGAGGCCAGCGCAGGCUGCAGUUCCCCCGGUCCGCCAGCAGAGGGCGUCAUACGGCCCGGAGUCUGCACGGCGUCCCAGGAGCUGCUGCUGAAAGAACUGUCAUCUGCCUUCAUUAGGAGCGAAGAAGAGGAGAAGCUGUAUGACGUCUGAGGAAGGUCAGAACCUUCAGAGGAGCUGGAGCCAUCAGAACCAGGCUGGCAGAAUGACGUCAUCCUCAUAUGACAGGACGAUGGGGACAAAUAUCAGCUGUUUGACUGUUAGGGGUUCUGUUUGGACUUUUUGGGUCGUGUGGGUUCUGGUAGAACUGCUGGACGCCUCCAUGUUGUUGCAGGUGUUGAUCAGCGGGGGAGGGGGGGGGGGGGCUGCAGUUUAUAACCUUUAAUAAAAACAGCAGAAACGUC